AUAUAUAGCUUUUAGGGCCUGGCCACUGCAUCAGGGCACACUACUAACUCAGCUGGACACGUGUGAGUUAGCUUUCUCUUGGUAAAAAGGAAUUGUAUAGCAACUUCUCUUUUAUUUAAAAACAACAACAAGAAUGAACAAACCUAAAAUUGUCAGACCAGAGGAAAGCAAGCCAGCACAUGCGCUGUGGUUUGACAGGAAGAAAUACGUCACCAUCAACUUCAUGGUUCAGAAACCUAAAGAUGUCCAAGUUGAUAUCCAGCCAGACAAACUGAUUCUGUGCUGCAAAAACGAAACAGAUGAUGUGUACUACAACGAGCUGCACUUCUAUGACAAAGUCCAGAUCCACGACUCCAGAGAAAGGGUCUAUGACCGCACCAUCAAUGUCUUGCUAAGGAAGAUGAAACCUGAUUGUGCUUGGCCUCGUCUUCAGAAAGAUCCAGCUAAGGCCAGUUGGAUUUCAGUUGACUUUGAUAACUGGAGGGACUGGGAGCACGAAGACGAUGAGGGAAAGGAGGAAUAUGACCGUUAUGUGGAUAUGAUCCGAGAGAUGGCUAACAGUGACAAAGGAGAAGCUCCAGAUAUGGGGGAUCUUAGUGAUUCUGACUGAUACUUUAUCCUCUCUGGUGAAGCCUGCUGUAAAUGUAUAACUCAGGAUACUGAGGACAACAGUUUGUUUACUGAAAGCUGUAUUAUAUGCUAAAAAUGGAUGUGCUAUUGUCCAAAAUGCUGUUUUUAAAUGUAUGAUGAUAUUUUAUGUGAGAUUAUUUAUUGCUCUGUAAUUGUUUACUGUACACCGGCAUGUGAUUGAUAAUAAAAGUUUUAUUAAACA